AUGCGUUUCACUCUCGCUUCCGCCGCCUCCGUGCUGGCCUUUGCCGCCUCUGCCUCGGCUGCCACCCAAAAAUCGUACCUCCAGGCUUCCCCUGACGAGUAUCUGUCCGCCUCGAUUGCCAUUGAUGGCUUCACCCACUACGCUCUCCUUACCGACGCCAAAUCGGCCACCCCGGCCAUUGUCACUGCCACCGGCGGCGAGGUGCAGGUUGACCUCAGUGCCCUCAGCGGCCAGGGCGUCACCGGCCUGCUGACUCUUGAAGACAAGGAAGGCUUCUCGGGUCUCAAGCACGCUAUUUUCGGCAACCCAGCUGUCGUGACAGCCACUUCUGGCUUUGACCUGGCUGGUCCCGCUGACGACGAGACUCUGACUCUGCAACGCACCACUUUCCACGGAUGGUAUGCUUGCUCUGCUGGUGUCGGCGUUAAGCAGCUGUACUGGUCCGACUGGGCCAACUACAACGGAUCGGCCCCUACGACCUGCGAGAAAGUCACUUUGACCCGUGUCUGGCUGUAA